AUGCGCACCGCACAAGAAGACGAAUUCCGGUCUGCCUACUUCGUGAAUUGAACGCGACCAGAGAAACCGCCUCUCUUUCUCCAUUUGCCUACACAUAAGUAGUUUCUUUCCGCAAUUUCCUGCAACUUCCUCUACCUUCCUCGUGAUUCUUUGCAUCCCAAGUUUGUUUUGAUUUGACACCGCAAUAAUAUAUCCCUUGUCUCCGAGGGAAGAGAGAAGUUGAACUUUGAGUAUCAUUCCGUUAACACUUCUAUUCCGAAAAGCAAAACACGUAAAAAUCCCAGCUACUCUUUCUCCGCAGAACUUGCUGCUUUUUUACAUUCUAAGAUCAAUUGGUGUGGCUCUAAUCCUAGCUCGUGUGUUUUGGUCAGGCUUAAAUCCAGGAUUGCCGGAACAGAUUUAUCAAUGGGCGAAGCACCGGCAUUCCUUGUGGACAGUUUGGAGAAAGGACAUGCAAAUGGCUUUGAAUUAGAAAACGAAACUCGAAAAACUGCUACAAUCAUUGGGGAUAAAACGUAUGUCAUUGGUGGAGCUGAUGAUGAAACUUCGCGCAUUGAAGUUCAAAUCUUUGACCGUGGUCUUGGAGAAUGGGUUAAUCCCACUGUGCUCGGAACCAAACCAGUCUCCUGUAAAGGCCAUUCAGUCGUGCUUCUGAAGGACCGGAUAUUAAUUCUUAAGAAGGGUGCUAAGCCAGAUGAUCACACUUGGUUUUUGGAGGUAGACACCCCGUACGUCAGGCAGCAGCAAAAAGUUCUGGGGACUCGGGUUGUCGCGUGGAGCAAGGGUGUGAUAGGCAAUGCUGAGAAGCCUAUUGUUAUCAGUGGUCCUUCUGGAGUUGGCAAAGGAACGUUGAUAUCGAUGCUCAUGAAGGAAUUCCCUUACAUGUUUGGUUUCUCAGUGAGUCACACUACCCGCGCUCCAAGAAAUAUGGAGAAAGAUGGGGUACAUUACCAUUUUACAGAGAGGAGUGUCAUGGAGAAAGAGAUAAAAGAGGGAAACUUUCUUGAGUUCGCUUGUGUUCAUGGUAAUCUCUAUGGGACCAGUGCUGAGGCUGUGGAAGUGGUAGCUGAUGCAGGGAAAAGAUGCAUUCUUGAUAUUGAUGUCCAAGGGGCAAGAUCUGUGAGGGCUAGUUCACUUGAAGCCAUAUUCAUCUUUAUUUGUCCCCCGUCAAUGGAAGAACUUAAAAAACGCCUCCGCGACAGAGGGACGGAGACAGAAGAGCAGAUCCGGAAGCGGCUACAAAAUGCUGAGGCAGAGAUUGAGCAAGGGACAUCAUCAGGCAUAUUUGACUAUAUCUUAUACAAUGACAACCUUGAGGAGUGCUAUGAGAAUCUUAAAAAACUAUUGGGACUUAAUGCUGAUGUUACUUCUCAGCCUAAGUCAGGCCCCAGAGAGAUUAAUCUACCGGAGGAUCACAGAGUUUCGAAAGUUGAUGACAAAAUCAUCAUAAAUUGCCUCUCCUCAGGACUGGAAAAGGAAUCAAAGAACUUGAUUGUUUUGGACGUCUCCUCACUUAAAGGGGGUGCUCCUGGACGGACAAGAGGGCUAGAUUUUCAAGCCAUAGAUUCGUUUUCAGACGGCUUGGUGGGGAUGGAUCAGCAGAGCUAACAGUUGAUGAACUUAGCCACUACUGACUUUGGUUUCUCAAUUCAUAUAUAACUUCGGAAAUUUGGGGAGGGGGAAGUGAACAUUAGAUUUGAUGUUUUGAGCUCUUUUUUCCUUCUUUAAUUGUUAUGACAUUUGACUUGAUGAUUGGUGCCACCAUUAUUAUGUGCCUAAGCGGGCAAUGAGCAGCAGUUUAUGUUUUUUGCGGCUCAACUAUGUUCCACCAAUGGUCUCUUUGUUUUCUGGAAGGAUCUCAAAAAUUGCAAGACAUAAAUGAGUCGCCGGUUUAACUGAAUCAAA